ACACACUCAUAUAGGCACAUGCGUCUGCAGACUCAAAUUUGUGUAUGAACUUGUCUGCGGCCCGUGUGGAAAAGAUAGACAGCUGGUUCACCAUCUUACUACCAAAACACGAAGGACAAACACCCUCUUCUCAUUCACCGUAGUGUUUAUGUCCAGGCAAACUCAUUCAAGACCGGCUUCUUAAACUUCUGAGCGACUUCUGCCUCCAUCAGUGAUAUGGCGAUGCAGUAUGAUCCAGAGGUGCAGUUUAAACUGGCUUAUGCAGACCCAGGAAGCGUUAAAACAGAGCAAAAAAUUCAGGAGAGGGGCCAGUGGUCAAGUAAAGUAGAAUUUCUCUUGGCAGUUGCUGGACAGAUUAUCGGCCUGGGAAAUGUGUGGAGGUUCCCCUACCUGUGCUACAAGAAUGGAGGAGGAGUGUUUUUCAUUCCAUAUGUGGUCUUCCUGUUUGCCUGUGGCAUUCCACUGUUCCUCUUGGAGAUAUCACUGGGUCAGUACACCAGUCAGGGCAGCAUCACCUGCUGGAGGAAAAUCUGCCCUCUGUUUGAAGGAUUGGGCUAUGGGAGUCAGGUGGUUGUGUUGUACUCCAGCAUCUACUACAUUAUCAUCCUGGCCUGGGCCUUCUUCUACCUCUUUUCCUCCUUUAGUUCUCAGCUGCCAUGGGCUAGCUGCAGUAACGCUUGGAAUACAGAAACUUGUUUUGAGUUUGACAGGAUGGAUAGUUUUAGCAACUUGAGUAUACCACAGAAUGCAACGUCUCCUGUUAAAGAGUUCUGGGAGAGGAGAGUGCUAAAUAUCACAGGCAGUGUGUAUGAGCUGGGCAGUGUGCGGUGGGAGCUGGCUCUCUGUCUGCUGCUGGCCUGGGUCAUCUGCUACUUCUGUGUGUGGAAGGGGGUGAAGUCUACAGGCAAGGUGGUCUAUUUCACUGCUACCUUUCCUUAUGUCAUGCUGCUGGUACUGCUGGUACGUGGACUCACGCUGCCCGGAGCCGUUGAUGGCAUCUUGUUCUACCUCUAUCCAGAUCCUACACGCCUCAUAGACCCACAGGUGUGGAUGGAUGCUGGAACACAGAUUUUUUACUCCUACGCAAUCUGCAUUGGGUGCCUCACUGCUCUAGGAAGCUACAACAAGUACAACAACAACUGCUAUAAAGACUGUGUGUAUCUGUGCCUGUUAAACAGUGGGACGAGCUUUGUGGCUGGCUUUGCCAUCUUCUCUGUGCUGGGAUUCAUGGCCUAUGAGCAGGGGACAGACAUCUCAACAGUGGCAGAGUCAGGUCCAGGGUUGGCCUUCAUUGCAUACCCCAGAGCAGUUGCCAUGAUGCCUAUUCCUCAACUAUGGGCCAUUUGUUUCUUCAUCAUGAUCAUUCUGUUGGGCUUGGACAGUGAGUUUGUAGGUUUGGAGGCAUUGAUGACAGCCAUAACUGACAUGUACCCAAAGUUCUUCCUCAUGGGUCAUCGACGCAAAUUCUUCCUGCUCCUCAUCUGCAUUGGGAGCUUUUUCAUUGGUCUGGUGAUGGUGACUGAGGGUGGCUUGUAUAUCUUCCAGUUGUUUGAUUACUAUGCCUGCAGCGGGAUGACCCUUUUACUGUUUGCCAUUCUACAGUCAGUAUGUGUAGGAUGGGUAUAUGGUGCUGAUCGUCUGUAUGAUAAUAUAGCAGACAUGAUUGGCUAUCAGCCAUUGCCUUUAGCAAAGUACUGUUGGAAGUACAUCACUCCUGUACUGUGCACAGGUACAUUCAUCUUCUCUCUGGUCAAAUUCACUCCUCUAAAGUUUAACAACACAUUUGAAUACCCCUGGUGGGGCUAUGCUAUUGGUUGGUGGUUCACUCUCUCUUCGACCCUCAUGGUUCCUCUUUGGAUGAUCUACGCCCUACUUAGAUCCAGGGGAUCACUGAAACAGAGAUUACAUGUUCUCUGCACUCCAGCAAGUGACCUUCCUUUGAGCAUGACACAGAUGGAGCCCCUGUGAAGCUAGGUGUUCUAGAGGCCUUACUGCUCUGAACAUCGGCAUGGACAUCAUUGAAGCACAAAGGACUCUAGCUAUGUCAAUCACAGAUACCCCUAAAAGCACAUUUACACCAGUCUUUGUGCAUCCUCUCAACUGACACAGUCACCAAGUGUAACGAUGAUCAAAGUGGUGCUCCUCUUUAAGUGUUAAAUGACUCUAGACCUUACCACAGAAUACCUCUUUAUUAAAUAGGACUGUUGCAAACUGCUGGAUGCUGUUCUCGCAGCAGCAAAGGAUACUGUACUUCAUGAAUGCUACACUCCUAAACCUCUACUGAUUAACAGGUGGAUGUGCACUGUGAUUUUUGUGUUGCCAUUUAAAUAGGUUUCAGGGAGCAGUGGCCAACAUCAUCAGGACAUAGAGGGAUGUGCUUUUGACAUUAGACAUUUACUUUAUUGGCAAGUGUUAAUGAAAAACAAAACUAGCUGAGAAGGAGGAGGAUGUGGGUUGUCUGUCAGAGAAGAAUGAAGAGGAUGUGGGCUUUUGAUGUCUGAGAACAUCGUCCAGCUUUAUGGAGCAUUGUAACUUAAUUCUUUGGUGCACAUCCCACUCUAAGGCCAAUGUGAACUGUAACUUUGCACUGAUGUUGUAAAGCAUUCAUUUCAUCCAACAUUUAGAAUGUAAUGGAUAACAAUUGGUGGCCUUUCUCUGAAGCAGUGGCACUCUGUCAAGGACAUUAAGCUCUAUGAGUCUGGUUCAGCAGCCACCAGAGGUUCUUAGCUGUUAAAAUCACUGAUUUUUUUUUAUUUUUUAGAUUCUUAACUACAGUGAAGAAAAAUAAAUUAAAAUCUAAAACAAAUGAAGAGGAGGACCAAUGCCAUUUCAGACGGACCAGUGACGAUAACAGUAAAGAGUCCCAAAAACAGAAGCUACUGCAGCUCAUGCUGCCGGGGGUCGUCAUGAUCAAAGACCCAGUUUUGUCUAGACUGACCUACUUGGCUUCCUUUAGUCAGCUGUUGGGUGACAGAAAAGCAAGUCAUGUGAUACAGACUGAAAGUGCCUUUUCCAUGACUUGUGUCUCAAUGAAUCCAACUCUGCACAUGACCAGACUUCCUAAAAAAUCUAUUUUUUUAUCAGUAAUGUGGCAAUCAGCAUAAAUAAAUGUAUUUUAAAGUGAUUUGACAAAGAAUGUGUGUAUUCCUAUUCAAAGUUGACUUUAUUAGUGAUUGCUGGUCUUUAGAAAUAAGGGUCUUUCUAGUAAAACAUGUUAGGAUGCAGAAGUUGGCCCCACAUUACAGCAUUCACUUUACGCAUAACUGUGUUAAAACUAGUUCUAGUGUCUCAUUCCUGCUUUUUAAGCCAUUGGCAGUAUAAUAGGGGAAAAUGUGUACUGUGUAUCAUAGAAGUUAGCAUAGAUUUAUACCAUUUCAUUUUAUGGAUAGACAACACAUUGCAGUGUUAAUAAAAGUAUUCACUUGUAUUUCUCACAAAAGUUCAGAUCAAUGUCUAGUAGCGGUCAGUAGAAUCAAUCAAGGACAAAAAAAAUCAUGUCACGACAUAGAUAAUUCAACUGCCAUUAUAAAAAUAAACUUAGCUGCUAUGAUAAGUAAGGAAGAUUGCUCAUGCAAGAGAUCAGCUGUGAGCUCACUGAUUGGAUAAAUAGGAGAUAAAAUAUCCGCCUUGUCCUUCAUCACAUAGAAUGCAGACUUGUGUAAAAUUAUAGAUUUACUACUGUGUCGUACUACAUUUAAUUUAAAUGUUCUGUUUCUUUAAAUAAUGCAGAGGAACUGAUGAAAGAAGUCCACUCUAAAAUGGUGCAUUCUACAAUAAAGUCUUUCAGAAGGGACUUAAUUCAGUGAGGCCCAUCCCAUUUUUCUCAUGCUCUAAGGCAGGGGUCAGAUCCUUGAGGGCUACAGUCCUGCACUCAUUAGAGUUUUCCUUCUAACACGGAAUCCAUCUCAUAAAGGCCUUAAUGAUUAGCUGAUGAGUUGAAUCUGGAGUGUUGAGUGUAAUAUUGCUAAACUCCUCAGGGCUCUGGCCCUCCAGGACUAUGGUUUUUGAAAUGAAAUAUUUUGUAAUGCAUUUUACAGAUUAUAUUAAAACCUUUGCACACA